AUGAUUCAGGACCCAACCAACUCACUGUUCCUAGCGACGAUCCCAAUGGGCUUUGCCACACUCAUUGAGAUGUGGGUUUUUGUCUGUGUGCCGCUAUGGGGAGAAUGGAGUGUAACCGUCGCGUGGGCUUGUUGGAUGUUGGAUGUGGUAGCGGCAGCUUCUGUUACCCUGUCGCUGUCCUUUAUUCUAAUAUCCCAACGCUAUAUCACCUCGCUCGAUCGGAUCACUGCACUCCAACUUUUGCCAAUUGCAGCAACUAUUGUGGCAGCUGGUGCUGGUGCAGAAAUUGCUCAUAUUUUACCAAACAAACAACACGCGUUGGGAACCUUACUCGUGUCUUUUAUCCUGUGGGGUAUGGGCACUCCUUUGGCAAUUAUGGUAUUAGUGAUCUACUAUCAGCGGCUGGCAGUACACAAGCUUCCAUCCAGAGGAAUGAUCGUGAGUUGCUUUCUGCCCCUGGGGCCUCUUGGCUUUGGUGGUUUUGGCAUCAUUUAUAUGGGUAAAGUGGCACGGGUGCUGUUGCAGGAUCCCCAAAUAUUAGACCCCAUCGCGGGCCGGAUGGCAUAUGUCUUGGGCGUUUUCACAUCCCUGUUGAUGUGGAGCUUUGGCUUGGUCUGGCUCGUAUUUGCCCUAGCCACAGUUUUGUACAGCUCUCCUUUUCCUUUCAAUAUGGGCUGGUGGGGAUUUACGUUUCCUUUGGGGGUUUAUGCGGCGAACACAAUGGAGUUGGGUAUUGAGCUGGAUCUCAUGUUUUUCAAGGUUUUUGGAACCGCUUUGAGUGGUGCUGUUUUGCUACUCUGGACAGUAGUGGCAUCACGGACAGCAUAUGGAGCAUGGCGCGGUACUCUGUUUUGUGCUCCGUGUUUACAAAACCUGGCGCUCAAGGAAGAAGGGGCUGAGCGGGAUGACGAUCGGCACGCAUAG